AUGAGCUUAAGGGGAGUUUGUUUAAUGGGAAUUGGUGUCCCCGUUUAUCCCGGUUGCAAUGAAUUUGAAUUGAUUUACAAUUGCUUGAUCGCAAUUCCAUACAAUUUGAGAGCUGAAUAUUUGAAGUCUAAUGGAACACAAAUACGGACUCUACAAGGUGAAUUAGGAAAUGAAAAUUCCUCACAAGUAAAUGUUUGCAUUGAAAAAGUGUAUCAAAUACAGGCUGACGGUAGAAGAACUCAUGUAAGUAAUGUCAAGAGCGUGAAAUCACAAUCAAAGACAACAGAUAAGAACGAGCCUGACAAACAUUGUGGGGAAGAGUCAAUAAUAUUUGCAGAAGCAGAGCUGAUUUUACCGGCAUCCAAAGAGCCUGUCAACACUAUAAAGCCAGAUACUUUUUCUGCGAAGAGAGUGCAUUGUAUAGGGGAGAACAUGACUGCAUCGCUCAAGGACUACAAUAAAGAGCCAAUUAUCAUUCCCAUAAGCGGUGCCCCCCGGUUGCAAAUAGGUAAGCGGAACAAAUGGGAUAUCUUAUAUGCUACAAAGAUAAAACCUUUCCUACCUACAUUUUGGCAAGGACUGCUACCCAGUGGGCGCAAUCCCACGUUUGUGCAUGUACGAAUGGAAAUAGCACGUAUUACCGGCUUGAAUAAGAAGAGCAAAAGUGCAUGUGAAGACGAGAUGAGGUAUUAUGACGAGAUGGUUCAUUUCCAUCUUUUGUUUGACGAGGAUGAUCCAAGGGUUAAAACACGGAACGAGUUGGAACUGAAACUUUACAUAAGAGUAAUGUCCUUAUAUUAUAUUGUAAUGAGUUCAAUACCCGACUCAAUAGAAACAGAUUGGGUCUAUGAAUUUGGAGCGCAGCAUGAUGCUGAGAAAUUGCCUAAAUUUGGCAAAAUAGCCAAUGGAGUUUUUAAAUUUUUGACUCAGCUUGUAAAACAAUGGGAUAAGCUUCCAGUUAGCAAAAUAAGAUUUAUAGGGCAAGUGAAUCAAACUUUGGAGAUCAUGUUGGCAGAGAUUGAAAAAGAAAUUGAAAAAGUUGUUAAAGCCGUUGAAGAGAUUAACCACGGGGAGCCCGACGUUUCAUAA